UCCAACUGCAGAAAUAAAAUGGGAAGUUACAAUUGCUCAUGUCUGGAUGGAUUCACUGCAACAAACUCAAGUCUCUCCAUCAGCAUCAAUAACACAUGUAGAGAUAUAAAGGAAUGUCUGUUCAGCUCAUCUGUAUGUGGUCCAAAUUCCAACUGCACAAAUGAAAUGGGAAGUUACAAUUGCUCAUGUCUGGAUGGAUUCACUGCAACAAACUCAAGUCUCCCCAUCAGCAUCAAUAACACAUGUAGAGCAGUACCAUCAUCAACACCACCACCAAUAACAAUACCAUCAACACCUCCAACGACAAGAAGAAACACAACAACAGUUCCAACAGUACCAUCAUCAUCACCACCACCAAUAACACCAACAUCAACACCUCCAACAACAACAGAUAUAAAUGAAUGUCUGUUCAGUCCAUUUGUAUGUGGUCCAAAUUCCAACUGCACAAAUGAAAUGGGAAGUUACAAUUGCUCAUGUCUGGAUGGAUUCACUGCAACAAACUCAAGUCUCUCCAUCAGCAUCAAUAACACAUGUAGAGCAGUACCAUCAUCAACACCACCACCAAUAACAAUACCAUCAACACCUCCAACAACAAGAAGAAACACAACAACAGUUCCAACAGUACCAUCAUCAUCACCAUCACCACCACCAAUAACACCAACAUCAACACUUCCAACAACAACAGUUAUUGGAAUGCUAAUGAAAAUAGUUAGGACUUAUGACACCAGUCUUGCUGACCCUAGUAACAACAAUUACAAAGAUUUAUCUGGACGAAUUGCGUCAACAAUUGACACAAGUUAUUCUAAUAAGCUAACUGGCUACAUUAUUGGUUCCACAAGCAUCUUGAGAUUCAGGCCUGGUAGUGUUUUAGCAGACUACACAAUAAGGGCAACAUCCAACAGCCUUGAUUUUGGAGCAGCAAACACACAGAUUUCUGACUCUCUAAGGGCACAAGGAAUAGUUUUAGCUGAAUAUGCUUUUGCUCAAAGUGAUCAAACAAACUUCAUAAGUGAUCAGUUAUAUCCUCUGCAAAAGGUGGACCUGAACUGUAAACAGCCAGACUUUGCAAAGGGACAAAUAAAAUGGACAGUGGAUAAUGAAGAUCCUGCACUAGACAACACAAAAUACUUACUUUCAAACAGCAACAGAACUCUCACUGUGAAAAGUGCUAGUGAAAGUGACAGUGGUCGAUAUUCAUGCAUCAUACAAAGGAAUACAAUACCAUACAUUCAGUGGCAAAACAUUGUUAUUAAACAACGUCCCAGUAUCAUUGUGGGUGAAAAAUACCGUGUUUUUCCAUGUGAUGGCAGCAGUUUCCAACUGAAAUGUUCUGUUGAUGUUGGCUACAAUAUUGAAUGGGUCGUGGGUGGAAAAGUACUAAUUUCAGGGUCUGACAGUAUCACAUUAAACUAUGCUACUCAGAAGGGAAAUUGUACAGAGGAAGCCUUUACAUGUCGUCUCAAGGAUCUGCCACAACUACAGGAUUACAGUUACAGCUAUGGCAGCGUCACAGUUAGGACAAGCACGGAAAAUUAUGACUGUCGAAAUGAAGAACUUGGAGUUGGUAAAACAAAUGAUGUGAUGACAGGAGUCUGUGGAACAGGCUUGAAAGGCACCAUAACUUACAAAUGUGAAUCAAAUGUUUGGAAACCAGUAGAGGACAACUGUGUACUUGAAGAUAUCGACAACCUUCAAAAACAACUUGAGUCCUUGACUGUGGAGGGGAUUCCAGGGUUUAUGGCUAACCUCAGUAUUGCCACAUCAGAGAAUAAUAUUAAUAUAACCCAGUCUGUUGCUACUGUCAAAGCAAUUGUUGGUAUACUCUUUAAAAUUGCUGACUUGUCACAAACUACUACCAUCAAUAAUCCUGUUAUGGGGAAUUUCCUAAAAACAGUGGACAUUAUCGUAUCCGGUAAUGUCAGUGAUACAUGGAACAAACUGAACAAAGGCAACAACACAGAAAACACCAGCAAUACACUUCUGAGCGCUAUUGAGAAUAUAAGUGACCGUCUCACAGAUGAGUUUGCGAUUAAAGAAACAUCCAUUCAGCUGAAUAGAACUACAAUUAAAAACUCAUUCAAUAUAACAUCAGUGCUGCCAAACUCAGCUACAGAGAUUGUGAUACCACAGGUUCCUCAGGCGACUAUCAUAACCAUCAUAAUCUUCACAACUCUUGACAAUGUCCUGCCUUCUCAAGGUACUAAUGACAGCAGGAAAUCAGAUGUCCGCAUCAAUGGAGAUGUGGUUGUUGUUAAGGUUAAUGAAACGCUUAACAACAUUUCUUUUACAUUUGACAUUACUAAUCAGUCUUUGGGAAAUCCUCAGUGUGUCUUUUGGAACUUUAGUCUCAACACAUGGGAUUCCACUGGAUGUGAAGUAAAGCGGAACAACACUGGCAAGAUUACAUGUGAAUGCAACCACACAACCUCUUUUUCAAUCCUAAUGUCACCGUUUUCCAUUGAUUCCAAUUCCAAUUAUCGCAUGGCCUUAGCCUAUAUAACUUACAUUGGUGUAGCUAUUUCGAUGGCCAGCUUGAUUAUAUGCCUGAUUAUUGAGAUUAUUGUGUGGAAGUCAGUAAGAAGAAAUGACACAUCCUACAUGCGACAUGUCUCUAUAGUCAACAUCGCUGUGUCCCUGCUGAUCGCAAACAUCUGUUUUAUCAUUGGAGCUGCAAUCGCAGAACAAGAGCAGCCAACCUCAGUGGGUCGUUGCAGUCCAGCUGUUUUCUUCAUGCAUUUUUUUUACCUGGCUCUUUUCUUCUGGAUGUUAAUGUCAGCGCUGUUGCUCUUUUACCGUACAGUCAUGGUCUUGUCUCAAAUGUCAAGGGCUAAAAUGAUGGUCAUUGCCUUCACAGUCGGUUAUGGUGCACCUUUGCUCAUAGCGGUCAUUACUGUUGCAUCAACAGCUGGACCUCAAAAUUAUAUUUCCAAAAGAAAUGCAUGCUGGCUGAACUGGAAUGAGUCAAAGGCCCUGCUGGCAUUUGUGAUUCCAGCUCUCACUAUUGUAGCCAUAAACCUUGUGGUUUUGACUGUGGUUCUAUACAAGAUGUUGAGGAGAGGAGUUGCUGCUGCAACUCAACCAGAUGAGAAACAUGCUCUGGUGGUCAUUGCCAGAUGUGUGGCCUUUUUGACUCCUAUCUUUGGUCUAACAUGGGGAUUUGGAAUUGGAACCAUGGUGUCACAGGAAUUAGGCAUUCAUGUAGUGUUUGCACUCCUCAAUUCACUGCAGGGAUUCUUUAUCUUGGUGUUUGGAACGCUUUUAGACAGCAAGGUUCGUGAGUCACUACAAGGAAAACAGUUUCUACAGAAACUCACUUCCAGCCAUACCAAUAGCACCAGUGCUGGAACAUCAUCCACACCUGGACUGACUGUCUUUCAAAGGAUGCGACAGAGGAAUGUGUACAAUGUGUCUGAAGCCAACAAUACAGCAGUUACAGACCGCUCCAACAGCUCAUAUUCUGUUACGAACAGUUAAAAGACACUCCAAAGGCAGUACUUUCUGUUACUAUUUUAAGGGAGGAAAUGUUCUGAGAUGAUUUGUCUAAAAAAUAAGGUAUCAAAAUGACUUUUUACUUGAUUGUGUAAUAUACUGUGAAUGCAGUAAGGACUUUUAUUUAAACUUGAAAAAUUGGGGUAAUUUUCACAACUCGAGUACUCUUUCUUUGUUUGUGACAUUGACUUUUUUUUAUAUCAGACAUUCUAAAUGUGUAAGGUGCUGUUUGUCAGUAGGUUUAAUUACAUCCUGUUUUUCUGCUCAGUUAUGAUAAAUUCCAAAUGUUUCUAAACAAUAAUUACCAAUAUAAUAACCAAUAAUCACCAAUAAUUAAUUACUUCAUAUUGUAUUUAAGUAGUUAUCUUGAGCAACUCAUUUUAUACUAAUAAACACAAAUUAAAAUGUU